GAAUUCCUGCGCCUCGUUAACAAUGAAGCAGAGUUCGAACGUGCCGGCUUUCCUCAGCAAGCUGUGGACGCUUGUGGAGGAAACCCACACGAACGAGUUCAUCACCUGGAGUCAGACACACAGUUCGCCUCGCAUCUGAGAUCUUUAUGACGGCAGUCAGGGAAGGAGGCACAUGUUCAAACGCAGGUUACUGCUUAUCAGGAGGCUUGAAAAUAUUAUAUAGAAAAUGAAUGGCCAAAGCUUUCUGGUUUUGGAUGAACAAAGAUUUGCAAAAGAAAUUCUUCCCAAAUAUUUCAAGCACAAUAACAUGGCAAGUUUUGUAAGGCAACUGAAUAUGUAUGGUUUUCGUAAAGUAGUACAUAUUGACUCUGGAAUUGUGAAGCAAGAACGAGAUGGUCCUGUUGAAUUUCAGCAUCCUUACUUCAAACAAGGCCAGGAUGACUUGUUGGAGAACAUUAAAAGGAAGGUUUCAUCUGCAAAACCAGAAGAAAAUAAAAUUCGUCAGGAAGAUUUAACAAAAAUUAUAAGUAGUGCUCAGAAGGUUCAAAUAAAACAAGAAACUAUUGAGUCCAGGCUUUCUGAAUUAAAAAGUGAGAAUGAGUCCCUUUGGAAGGAGGUGUCAGAAUUACGAGCAAAACAUGCACAACAGCAACAAGUUAUUCGAAAGAUUGUCCAGUUUAUUGUUACAUUGGUUCAGAAUAACCAACUUGUGAGUUUAAAACGUAAAAGACCUCUACUUCUAAACACUAAUGGAGCUCAAAAGAAGAAUUUGUUUCAGCACAUAGUGAAAGAACCAGCUGAUAAUCACCAUCAUAAAGUUCCACACAGUAGGACUGAAGGUUUAAAGCCAAGGGAGCGGAUUUCAGAUGAUAUCAUUAUUUAUGACGUUACUGAUGAUAAUGCAGAUGAAGAAAAUAUCCCAGUUAUUCCAGAAACUAAUGAGGAUGUUAUAUCUGAUCCCUCCAACUGUAGCCAGUACCCUGAUAUUGUCAUUGUUGAAGAUGACAAUGAAGAUGAAUAUGCACCUGUCAUUCAGAGUGGAGAUCAGAGUGAACCAGCCAGAGAAUCCCUAAGUUCAGGCAGUGAUGGCACCAGCCCUCUCAUGUCUAGUGCCGUCCAGCUAAAUGGCUCAUCUAGUCUGACCACAGAAGAUCCUGUGACCAUGAUGGAUUCCAUUUUAAAUGAUAACAUCAAUCUUUUGGGAAAGGUUGAGCUGUUGGAUUAUCUUGACAGUAUUGAUUGCAGUUUAGAGGACUUCCAAGCCAUGCUGUCAGGAAGACAGUUUAGCAUAGACCCAGAUCUCCUGGUCGAACUUUUCACUAGUUCUGUGCAGAUGAAUCCCACAGAUUACAUCAAUAAUACAAAAUCCGAGAAUAAAGGAUUAGAAACCAAGAGCAAUGUAGUUCAGCCAGUUUCAGAAGAGGGAAGAAAAUCUAAACCCAAAACAGAUAAGCAGCUUAUACAGUACACUGCCUUUCCACUUCUUGCAUUCCUCGAUGGGAACCCUGCUUCUACUGUUGAACAGGGGAGUACAGCAUCAUCAGAAGUUAUGUCCUCUGUAGAUAAACCCAUAGAAGUUGAUGAGCUUCUGGACAGCAGCUUGGACCCAGAACCAACCCAAAGUAAGCUUGUUCGCCUGGAGCCAUUGACUGAAGCUGAAGCUAGUGAAGCCACACUGUUUUAUUUAUGUGAACUUGCUCCUGCACCUCUGGAUAGUGAUAUGCCACUUUUAGAUAGCUAAAUCCCCAGGAAGUGGACUCUACGUGUAUAUAUUCAUCAAAAUGAUGAACUAUUUAUUUUAAAGUAUCAUUUGGUACUUUUUUUUGUAAAUUGCUUUGUUUCGUUUAAUCAGAUACUGUGGAAUCAAAAGCACCUUUUGCUUUUCUCACUAACCACACACUCUUGCAAAGCUUUCAAAUGUUACUCAGCUACGUAGGUACAUAAGAUUUGAUGCGUUAAAUCACAGUAUUGGCAUAUCUUUAAGUUGGAUUCAAAUGGCCAUUUUUCUCCAAUUACAGCAAAUUGGAUUUGUUUUUUACAUGUAUGUUCAUUAACCCCAGUUAAACUUUUUGUUUCUUUGUUUUACUUGUUGAUGCUGUCUUGUUUGCAUUGAGUGUAAGUCACUAUAACUAAUGGUAGAACUCCUAAAGCUUUCUCUGUUCCAGUUGCUUUUAUUAAGUAUUUUUCACUUGACUUCUUUAUAAAACUGGGAACAUAAAGUGCCUGUAUCUUGUAAAACUUCAUUUGUCUCUCUUGGUUCAGAGAAGCUCAUUCAUGUCCAACAGGAAAGGCAACGUGUACUUGAGUGCUUGCUGUCUGAGGCAGUCGCAGCUCCGUGUACAUAGAAGGGGGGUGGGUGCCAUCAGCCCAUCCACCUCGCUGGACUAGUUUUAAGUAAAAGUUUUCUGGUUUGUUUGUGUUUUUUUGAAGCAUAAUAUUUAGUAAAAUAAAUAUAAUGAAUGUUGCGUA